UAAAAAAAUUAAAAUAGGUGGUAUUCUAAAUGUAUCACAUUUUGUGAGAAAUAACUGUUUUAAUUAAAUUUUGCACAAGUCCUGAGUGAGACACCAGAAUCUGAAAAAGGACGUUGUUGCACCGUGCAGAGGUCGACUCCAGGUGUUAAGGUAACUUCUUGACACCUGACAAACCACCCGAAUUUACUCUGUAAUCCAGAGGUUAAGCAGUGACAGCGACAAACAAUGAAACGCAAAAAGAAACAAAGCGCACACGUUGGAGCCUGAGACUGAAAAGAGUCAACAUUGUGUAAUCCCUUUGGCCAGAGUUGCUGACAGAGGAGAACCCUUUAAAAAGGCCCCUCUCUCCUGGCCCGUUCGCUUCCAUCCCAUGCCUCGUGCUCCCUGCCCAUCUUUGUCCAUACAUGCUGACUGACGGGCAGGAUGUUUUACUACGUCCAUUAAAGACGCCUGCUGGUAGAAGCAUUGGAAACCAGCACCUGCAGCCGCUUGCCAACACUUUCUCCUCCAUUCAUCUACGCUGUUAAACACAGAUACAGAACUCCAACUUUUCCAGAGCAGUCCUAUCAUGAUCGAGAGUGACAGAGAACUAUCAGCCAUGGUGCAGGAACUGUGGGACAACGACGUCAACAGACUCACACCUGGAAAAGACUACAGGAUUUCCCUGCAGGGCAAAGCUGGAGACAGCAUGGGCACAUCUGACAUCGAUCGAGCGGGAUCUCCUCUGUUUACAUAUGUCAAUGAGAAUAUUUUCAAAAAGGAAACAUUUCUUGCCUUUAUCUCCCUUCUGGACAACUAUGAGAGCGACACUGGUGAGCCUGAAAUCGUUACUCCUGAGGAGGAGGCAGAGAACCACAAGUUCCUGGACUCCAUUCUUCAAACUCAAACGAUGAAGAUAGCCCAUAAAUACCUGGUGGAAAAGAAACUUUCUCCUGAAAACGAGACGGAAUUCAAAGCGCAGCUGUACAGGAUCUGGUUUGAGCUCUAUGCCAGGAGAGGAUCCAGCAGACCAGACUCUUCGGGGUUUGAACACGUUUUUGUCGGAGAAACGAGAGGAGGACGAACGGUCAUUGGUUUUCACAACUGGAUCCAGCUGUACUUACAAGAAAAGCUCGGACACAUUGAUUAUAAAGGCUACAGCGUCAAUGCAAAUUCUCCCCAGCCGGAUGAGAACAAACACAUCCUGGGCCUUCAAUUUAGCUGGAAGGAUGGUAUAAAGCCGAAGGGAAGCAUCUUCAUUGGAGUCAGUCCCGAGUUCGAGUUUGCCCUCUACACUCUCUGUUUCCUCAACUCCCCGAAUGAGCGUGUCAAAGUCCAGUUCAGUCUUUAUGACGUGGAGAUUGUUUGCCACCACUACAAUCAAAAGCACAUAGGCACAACCUUCCCUGUGCUCCUUAAGUACUUGAACCCCAAGUAACUUGAUUAAACUUGAGAUUUUAGCCCAGCAAAAAGUGCUACAGGUGUUGUUGUUGUCUUUUCAUUUCACAUAAAGAAGCAAUAAAACCUUUUAAAACUCAGUUGCAUUUGAUUUUCUUAUAAAAUGUAGAAAAAUAUUGAGAAGUAGAUACAUUAAUGUCAUUUUUCAGAAGUGAAAGAACACUGCAGCCACAGAAAUGUGAAAAUAUAUCUCAGUCAGUCCAGUCCGUUUAGAUAAGAGUUUGACCGCCUGUUUGUUCAUGUUAGUUCAGUACAGUUUUAUAAAAAAUUGCAGAAGGAGCAUAGACGGAGAUAAAAAAAAAAUGCUGGAACAUCUGCUAUGAGACAAAAAAAGAUAUGUUAGUAACUGCAUCAGUAAAAAAGAAAUUAGAUUGACAAACAGAAUCACCAGAAAACCCCUUUUAGGACAAAAAUAUAGAAAAAGGAUGAAAGAAACUCAUAAUAAUCUUCAUGGAAGACUAGACAAAAGUACAGAAUUUCAUCCCUAAAAUGAAGAACCUGCAUAAAACACUCCAGUAAAAGAAUGCUCAUAAAUUU